AUGGCUAAAGAUUGGACAGUGAAUGUAAAAAAAAGUAAUAUUUCAGUACAUAGUAAUACAAAUAAAGGAAAGGUUGUUAGAUCAAGAUUUAUUGCAACAGAGUUAGGAAUUAAAGAAAAAUUAAUAGUUAUUAUUUUGGGACAGUCGUCAUUGUCUGUUGCUUUAAAUAAUUCAAUUGGUGAAUAUGUUCCACGAUUGCAUGUAUUUGCUGAUGUAUCGAGAAUUGAUUCUGAUAUGAAUACGUUAGGUAAUUUAUCGCCUUAUAAACCAAAUGGACAACAUGCACAUAUUCAUAUUCUAAAUGGAAUUUCUAAUUUGACGUUCCAUGAAAACUAUGAUUGGUUUUUUUUACUUCCUGAUACAACAUAUGUGAAUCCUUUUGAAUUGAUGCGCCUUGUAAACAGUAUCAAUUGGAAUAAUCCAACAGCAAUUGGUAUGUCAGAUAAAGAAGGUAAAUGUCUUCUAGAAGCAGGUAUUUUGCUAUCAAAUCCUGCAAUGCAAUCACUUGUACAACAACGUCAUAUCUGUAAUUCUGUUACGGCUCAGUCUGACGCCACUGCUUUGGAGAUGUGUAUUCAUCAUGCCACAAAUCUUAGUUGUGUUCAAAAUUAUCAAAAUAAACAAUUUCGUUGGUGGAAAGUUGAAGAAAGUAAUGGAGUUUAUUCUUCUAUACAUGAAAGUAUAUUAAAUUUGUCAUCGAAUAAUUUAUUUAAUAAUUCAUUAACUAUAUCACCAUUACUUAGUGACUUAGAUGCCUUGUCAUUACACAAUCAUUUUGUAACUGUUGAAGUUGAUUUGAUAGAAAAUAAAAUAAAUAAAUUGUCAGAGACAAUUGAAAAGUUAACUUUUGAAGAUGGAAAUCCAACAUGGCCAAUUGGUAUUAGUCCUGUUACAAAACCACCAAAUAGAUAUUUAUCUCCAACAUGGGAAUAUUUUACAGAAAAGUAUAUUUUUAAAAAUAAUCCCGUUGAAAAUAGAUAUCCAUUGGAGAAUGAUGAUUUAUUAGAUGUUCAAGAAAUUGUAACUGCUGCGAGAAGUUUUAUUGAAAGAAAACUUAAAAUAACUUCAGACUUUGAAGGUGAAAGUCUAGAUCAUCUAAUUUCAUUUAAUCACAAAGAAAAUCAAAAGUUUACUUUCUUACUUGAGGGAGAAUAUGACUCUUCUACUAUAUCUUUUUCCAAACUUAGACAAGGGUACCGUAUGUUUAAUGCACAACGUGGUAUGGAAUAUAUUGUUGAUUUGGAUUAUUCAUUUCUUACAAAUAAUGGUGAAGAAGUAAUUCCUAUUAGAGUAAGACUUAUUCGACCGAUACACAGAACUCAACUACUUAAUCAAGUUCCAUAUGUAAAAGAGGAUACUGAUUUGACAAUUGUAAUAGGUGUACAAAAUCAAAUUGAAAUUGAAGGAGCCGUAAGAAUCAUUAAUAAACAUGCAUCGUAUUGUUCUAUUCCUGGUUUUGAUGAAAAUAGAAAAACAUUGAUUGUUGUAGCAAUUAGAGGUCUUUCUGAUAUAUAUUUGGAUCAGGUGAAAAAGUCUUUAAAACAUUUAAGAUACAAAUGUAAACAGGUGUUGACGGAUGGUGCAAUAGUUACACUUAAAGAUUCAAAAACUAUGAUACAAGUUGCAGCAAUGGAUGAGGUGGUUGAUAGAUAUGGUCAACAGAUGGUCUAUCUAUUACUAUCUCCAUAUGCAGAUUAUUCUAAGGAAUUUAUGGAUCGAGUAAGAAUUAACACAAUAAAACAUUUCCAAAUAUUUUUCCCAAUACCAUUUGUGCAAUUUAAUCCUUUAGUAGUAAAUGCUGAUAAAAUUAUUAAUAAUUUAGCAAAUGAACGUGACAAAGUUCAAGAUUCUUUCAAACAAGAUAUAGCUAAAGAUGAACUUUCAUUAGAUCUCCUUGUUCAAGAUCAAGAACUUGUUAAAAAGAUAUUAGCAAUAAAUGAAUUAUACCCAACAUCCGACAACACAAAAGAAAUCAUUGUUCAUAAAGAUUUUGGAUUUUUUGAUACAAAUGAUUUUUCAUGUUUGUCGUUGUAUGGAAGUGACUAUUUAUCCGUUAGAAAACGCAUAGAUGAAAAUAGUAAGAUGUAUGAUUUAUCAAAAUUGUUUCUUAAUCUUGAUGAUAUUCAUUUUCUAAGAACAAUAGAACCACUAAUAAAAAUAAGGUCAUACACAAGAGAGUGUUCAGAAGAAUUUUCUAAACAUGACCAAGAAAAAUGUCAUGCUUCCAGGAGAAUGUCGUAUGGUUCAAAAGCUCAAUUGGCAAAUAUUGUUUUUACUGACUUGGCAGAACUUAAAUCAAGGGUGCAUCUAUUUUUAUAA